CGCUUCUUGUUUCGCAAUGCCAGUGCCAAGUUUUAACUCGCGCGAGUUGCACAUUGUGCCAAAAUGCUCAAAGUAAAUUAUACGCUGCUUAUUGCGCUGACGCUAGCGUGUGGCGCUGCAGUCAGCAACGCAGCUGGCAGCGAAGCCAACGGCACAGUUGCGCCCAUCAUAGGAGUGCUGGCGCAGGAGAUCUAUGAAGAUAGCUUGAUUGCCAGGCACUUUAAUAGCACCAGCUAUAUAGCUGCGUCGUAUGUCAAGUUUGUGGAGGGUGCCGGCGGUCGAGUAGUGCCCAUUUGGAUUGGCCAAGAACGCAGCUACUAUGAGAAUUUAUUGAGGCAGAUAAAUGGCGUGCUACUGCCAGGUGGUGGCACGUGGUUCAAUAACUCCAAAGGCUAUGGCGAGGCUGGUGAACAUAUUAUACACAUAGCUAAGGAAAUCAAUACCAAUGCCAGCUACUUUCCUGUAUGGGGCACUUGUUUGGGCAUGGAGCUGCUUGUGCUGGUGAUGAAUAACAACGUGGAGACGCGCUUUGAUUGCAAAUCACAGGGACAAACUAUACCGCUGGACUUUAAGCCAACUUAUAAUGAAAGUCGCAUGUUUGCUGGCGCCAGUGCGGAGCUUAUAACGCUCAUGUCCAAGCAAAAUGUUACCUACAACUAUCAUCGCAAUUGUUAUACCCAGCAGAGUUUUGAGAACAGCUCGUGGCGCAUUAUGAGCAUCAACAAUGAUCUGCAAGGCGUCGAGUUUGUCUCCACCAUUGAGCAUUUGCAGUAUCCAUUCUAUGGCGUGCAAUUCCAUCCGGAGAAGAACCUCUAUGAAUUUGUAAGCAAACUUAUACCACACACCGCUGGCGCCGUGCAUAGUGCGCAGUAUUUUGCCGACUUUUUCAUCAGCGAGGCGCGUCGUAAUAAACACACGUUUGACAAUGCCGCCGAGCAGUCCGCGGCCAUGAUCUAUAACUAUAAGCCGGAAUAUACUGCAAAAAUUGGCUCCGGCUAUAUACAGCAGUAUUUGUUUGAUACGGACUCAGAGGAGGAGGUGGAGGAGACGCCCGAGGAGCCUGAGCCUGUGGAGCCAGAGCCAGAUCCUGAUAAUGAUCAUCCGUACCCUAAUUAUCCAUACUAUAUGCAUCACGGUGACUAUGCAGCUGCCACACAGCCGCUGCUCACAUGCAUUCUAAUGUCUUUGGCAUUUGUUGUGUGCGCCGGCAGAUUUGUAAACAAUUAACAUGUUCAUAAAUUUAAUAAACUUGCCAUUGACUACGCAAUGCUAAAAGCUACUGCUGAUUACACUUAAGUGCAACUGAAAUUUGUAUUGGCUGUCAAAUGUACUUCAGCUUAGAUAUGGAUAAGCGCCGGCUUGGACUUCCUGUUGCUCGGGCUACAAGCAUUGAAAUCCAUAGCGCGUUCGCUUUCGUUCGGCUCUAAACAAAAAU